AUGUCUACAGCCUCUACCAUGUUCUUCUGCUCCUCCCUCCGCCAACGUCCCGAAUGGUCACCAAUAUACCAUACGUUCCUUUGCAUUCUCCUUCCUUCGGCGUUUACGUUCACUGACGGGAGGGAAAACAACAAAGAAAGCAGACUAGACACACACGACAUUGCCCUCCCCAUCUCUCAAAACCGGACCUACCGCUUUAUCCUUCUCUCGCCAAAGGAUGUUGGCCAACGAGCCACCGAGAAGCGCCUCGAGCGUCUAUACAGCCUUGACGGAGGCCGCAACAUUGCCGUCAUCUUCCUCAUCGGUGAAGUUGCCGAUCAGUCUGAUGCGAUGCAGGCUUUCAUGGAGUUCAAGAUUGACCUGAUGGAGAAGAAGUUGGACCUACUUCCAGUCCCUCUAACGUCACACAUGGAGCUCCCGUCAACGCUCGCGUGUGUCCGAGAGAUGCUCGCCGCAGUACUGCCCGCCUUUGAGCCCGUCUUCGACUCUUCUUUGUUCCUAUCUCUAACCCCAAAUCUCUCCGUCGCCCUAAUCCAGUAUAUGGCCGGCAGCAACGAGCCCCUCUCAGAACACAGCGCCAACCUUCUCAGCGAAUUAGGCCAGUCCCCACGCGAGAUUGCCGCCCUCGCCGACACAGAGGAGGGCAGGGUGCGAAUCUUGGACGUAUUGGGUCCCCAAGACGGCCAAGCCGUUUUGGGGUUCCUGGCGCUUGAGAGGUUGGCUUACACUUGAAUAUUGGCCGUGAGCUCGGGAGGACUGAGGAGGAAUUGGGGGUUAAGAAAGCAUGGUUAGCCGUUUUAGACCUUGCCGGUGCCACUGACGGGUGGAGAGGAGAUGAUCAUGGUGCGACGAUGGGCUAUCUUGUUCUUCGGAUGGCAGAUCGGUAUCCGGUCUCUGGCGUCACUU